AUGCAAGGAGGAAUGCAGCAAGAGAAAACUUUUCAAAAAAAUAUCAAGGAAGCUCUUGGAGACAAGCAUGUAGCAAAAGACUUCUUUAGUAUACGCAAUGCCUCGGUCCCGCAUGACUUGAACGAUGCAAAAAGGAGGGUUCUUGCCAAUCUCGAUAGAUUUAAAUUCCAUUAUUUAGCAAUGGCAGCGAUAUUUGCGCUAAUAUAUGUUUUGUACCGUCUAGAACUGAUUAUACUCAUCGGAAUUGUUUCCGUUACGGCAUAUGCCUAUAAGACAAAGCCGACGUUGUUUAAUAUUGAGAUGGAGCCAAAAUCCGUAUGUAUAGCUGGUGUUGUUGGGAUACUUAUCUUCUUUAUAUUUUUCAAAGAAGCGAUAGUGGGACUUCUUGCGAUAUCUGCGAUCUGUGGUAUAGUGACCUUGGUACAUGCUGCAGCACUUGAGGAAAACUCGGAAAAAGGCGAUGAAGUGUAA